AUGAGCAUGCACAGACAGGGCACAACCUCUUCGGCCGCCAGCAUCCCACGUCGUUCUACGUCUGGCCGCUCGACAGCCACGAAUAGCCCUACAUCGUACGUAGCACUGAUGCGAAAACAAAAGGCAACCGUCUGGUGCGAUCGAGCUCAAAACAUCGACCCCCGGAUUGCCGCUGCCCAGAAAGCAGCCAAACACCGCGCGGCCCUUGAGGUUCAGAGUGUUGGUCAUGGCGGACGGACAAGCACCAUCUCGUCAGGUGGCGUGGUUGGCAAGAUCAGACACGGCGGUGUCCCGAAAGCACCCGGGUAUGUCCCGGCGAACCUAACCGGCGCGUCUGUGCCUGUACGAUUAAGUGCCAACGAAGCACUGGGCGAUGAAGAAGAGGAAGGACGAAGCUUGACUGGCGACAAUAGUAUGGUACAUGCCCGGACUGGCAGUGGGAGAAGCAGCACCAACAGCGCCAAAUACCGGAGCGGGUAUCCGCGUCCAGAUCAAGGACGAUUUAGCAGUACAAGCACACCACCUAGCGAAGGGUCACCAGGACGAGGUAUCCCAGAAGACGCGGAAAACGCCGAAGAUGCGAAGCACGAGUAUUUCAUCCACAGCGACAAGUCUACCCCUGGUAGGGAGAGUGAGGACUCAUUCGGCGAGCUGAAGGAGAUUUCUGGUCCCAGCGCUGUACAACGGGCACUGGAGCAAGCGAAGAAAGCCGAGGAUCUGCGCAGAAGAGGGAGCGUGGACGAGCGGACGAUGAGCAUGGGUCAGCCUGGAGUAAGGCUUUUUGUGGCGAAUCCAGAUAUCGACGACUGA